AUGAUUUUGCAUCUCCGGGAGGAGAAACUGUUUGUAAACAAUACAAUUCUCCUUCCUGUCAGCUCGUGUACACUGCUUUGGAUGGCUGUGCACAGUGAAGUGAAGCACAUGGACACAGCACAGAGUAAAAUAGCACACAGUUAACCCUUUGAUCACCCUACAUGUUAACCCCUUCCUGCCCAGUGUCAUUAGUACAGUGUCAGUGCUUUUUUUUUUUAGCACUGAUCACUGUAUUGGUGUCACUAGGGAUGUCAGUGACACCAAGUCAGUUCCCCCCAGUGUCAGAAUGCCCACCGCAGUCCCGCUAU